CCUGGGCCCUGCCUCCUCGCUGGCCUGGGGGGGGGCCCGAGCGGCCUUGCAGCAAGGCCCCUUGCCGGGCCUGCAGGACGGCCUGGCCGAGUGCUGCUGUUUCCUUAGUUGUGGUUAGGCCAACACCUGGUUAGACAUAGCCUCUCGGUAACGCUGAGGCCGUAACACUGCCAGAGAGUGACAAAGUGCUGCUUUAUUUAAAGGACUUGGGGGGGAAAUAAGGGUGUUUAGUCAAACGCAUGAUUUCUUUGCAGUUGUGGUUAUUUCUAAGGAUUAGGACAUUCUUAAGGUCUAAUCUUAUAAUUUUUGCGAGUGCAUGUCAUUCUUAGUCAUGCAAGUAAUAGUCUUUCUUUCAUUCCAAACUGCUGUUGCUCCUAGGUGUAUUGGUCUCCUGUGUAAUGCUGAAAGGCGAACUUACUGAAGAGCUCGAAGUGGAAUACCUCUGCUUUUUGCCCUGGCAGAGAGGGAUGGGAAGCAGCAGUGUGGUGCCUGCCUCGUUGGCUUCACCACUAGAUGUCAGUGCUUGAAACCACUUCACCAUGAGCAAGCCAGUGAAGUCAGGAGUCAGCCUGGAAACAGACCAAGUGGAUUCCUCAGGGUGCAAAAUUAGUAAAAUUCCUGCCUACAAGGAUCUUGGCUGGAGGUAUCAUCAGUCCACCCAGUAGACUGAAGAAAGGCUAGCCUAAUGAUUGAGUGCUACAAAUAUCCAGAGCAUUGCUAUGUAUAUGGGAGGACCCAGGACUGCUGUUUUUCCUACUUUCACAUCCUCUGAGGCCAGCGUUCCAUGUGCUGCUGCUACUGAAAAGACCUGCCGGCCCAGGCAGCCCCGUGUGCGGCGCACCUCUUCGUUAGACACCAUUGUGGGUUCGUACCUCUUGGGACAAUGGCCACGGGAUGCUGACGGGGCUUCCACUUCAUGCAUGAAUGACAAAGCUACCCAGCCAUGUUUCUCGUCACUUCAGACUCCAGUGUCCUGGUAUGAAACAGAAGUGGGGAAAGCCAGCUCCAGUACUCACAAGCGUUCUGCUUCUUGGGGUAGCACAGAUCACCGCAGAGAGAUUGCCAAACUGAAGCAGCAGCUCCAGCGAACAAAGCUAAAUGGCAGAAGUGGCAAAGAAAAGGAGAAGAGCUCCCCACUCCAGGGGGACCAUGCUGUCCUUGGAUCGCUCAGGGACUCUUCUUCGGGAUUCUUUUCUCCAUCUCCCGUUUUGAGGCUCAGCCCCUGCUUACACAGGAGCCUUGAGGGGCUAAACCAAGAACUAGAGGAAGUGUUUGUGAAAGAACAGGGAGAUGAAGAGCUUUUGAGGAUCCUGGAUGUCCCAGACGGCCACAGGGCGCCAGCACCGGCUCAGAGAGGCUCCGGAGAUGCGUCCCUGGCCCCGGAGCCCAGCAGUAGCAGCUGCAGCAGUCUCUCUCUUUCUCCUUCCCCUUCUGUGCCCCUCCGCCUUUCUCCACACACCCCAGUGAGGCUGGCGGCAGAAGAGCUCUCCUCUGCUGCGGAUGAGCUGCAGCCAGAACCAAAGGAGAAAGAGGAUGGCAGCCCUUCUCCCGUCCUGGCCUUUGCUUCUUCUCCUCGGCCCAACCACAGUUACAUGUUUAAACGGGAACCUCCUGAGGGAUGUGAGAAAGUCCGGGCCUUUGAAGAAGCUUUAUCCCCCAGCCCCGAUCAGCCUUUUCAGCCUUCCUGCCCAGACAAGAACAAAGUGCACUUCAACCCCACCGGUUCUGCCUUCUGCCCGGUCAGCUUGGUGAAGCCUCUCUUCCCGAAUGUGGGCUUCCUCUUCAGGGGAUUUUCUGCUUCUUCCAGCCCUGGCACGGACUCAUUUACAUCCUGUCAGUCCUCGGCCCCCACCCCGUUCCUUGGGAUGCGGAAGGACCCCGCAGUAGAUGGCUUUAGCGAGGUGUCUAAAUCGCCGUCGCUGAACUACGAACACUGGAAGCGUGGCCAAACGGAGGAGAGCGUCGUCUUCCACAGCUCUCUUGUGAUAUGAAGCCUUGGGGAAGGCUGGCCAGCCUCAGCAUCUUGGGCUCCUCAGUGCAUCUUAACCAGCCUGCGGAGAAGAGUGCCUUGGAGUUGGGACAUGACAGCUAAGAGGCAGCCCUGGGGUCGAGAACCGCAGCAGCCUUCCUCCGAGGGUGACGAAAACUGAAGUGCCGUGUGCCACAGGACUCCUCACUGCUGGAGAGGCUUGUUUCUCUGAGCCUCCCCUGUUCAAAGCACUUUCCUGUGUUGAAAUGUCUUUGUUUCCUGUGCGAUUGUUUUGCUGGUAAAGAGCAGCAGGGCACUGCUGCCAUGAGCAGAGGCAAACUCGGGCUCCCUGGCUCUGAAGGAGGUUGAGCUAAGAGAAUUCAGGUGGAGUUUCCCAGCACUUCCCCUGCCAUGGCUGUCUGGGUCUUGCUGAACCCUUGGGAGUGGGAAGGGAGGAGAAGGGACAUGUAGGAAGGCUGCUCCUGAAGAAGGCAGAGCCUGGCCAAGGUGCCUCCAGAAAACACGUGUUGGAGCAGAACUUGAUGUGCAUCUGCGCUAUUAAGAUCUUGCUGCAGAGCACUGAGAUAGAUGGUGGGAGGGAGGCCAUGGAUCGCUGACGGUGCCUCCUGGGGGCACCUUAUGCCUCGAAGCAAGCCUGGAGCUCUGAGGAGCCUUGAGAAAGCCCUGCCACAUGUGGGAAAAUGGAGAUGACUAAACACUGGCCUGUGCAUCCCCAGGGGCUGGAAAGCUGCUCGUGUGCCUGGGGCAAAGCAGGCAUUUGCUGCUCUGCAGUGGCUUUCCUGCAGGUGGGCAAGGGUCUUCUCAGUGCCUCGGCCUCCCUGAGGGGAAGAGGGGUGGAAAUUAAACUGGCAGUAACAGAGGUCUCGCUCGAGGGAGGCUGCUGCUAUAGAGAAACUAUGUGCUGCUUCCCAGCCACGGGGCCAGGCAGCCGGGCUGGGGGUCGGGGUGGGACUGCCCUGCUGCACCCAGGGGUGAGCGCUGGGCCUGGAGCGGUGAUGGCUGGGACCGCACCUGGGCAGGAGCCCCUGAACCACGCCGAAUCCAGCAGCGCUGUCCCGAAACGAUGCCUUAGAGGGCAAAGCGAUAACACAGGAACAUGGAUUGUUAUGCCUCUCGACAACAAAAGUAUUUGAUUUGUGUUCUGUUGUAAAGGCUCGGCGUUGCACUGAAGGAGCCUGUUUUCUUGUAUCUGAUGUAGAAACUCUAUUUUCUUCCAAAGACACUAUUUUUGCAGCUGUUUGAAGUUUGUAUUUUAUGUAUGUGUUGCAAAGCUUAAAGGAGGAACGUUAGUUUUGGCGUUCCAGUCUUGUGUUUAGAGGAGGGUGUUUUUUGCCAGUUAAAAGGAAAAAAAAAAGAAUAAAUA